AUGGACAAAGAAGAAAGCGGCAUCCCAGCCCCAACAAACCACCAAGGACCAAGAGGAGAGGAAGGAGAAUCAAACACCAAGCCUUCUUGCAAGGCGCGGUACCCCACCAAGGGCGGCGGAUUGGCGGCGGCCGGCUUCCUGGCCCCCGCGGUCGCCUCGCCGGGGCCGCCGCUCGCCUUCAUCCCCCACCCGCACCCCGCCUUCAAGGUGGCGCCCGCCUUCACGCUCGGCAGCGGCAAGACGCUGUACGCCAGCGCGCCCUCCGCCGGGGGGCAGGGGGCCGGGGGCCAACAGGGGGGCAGCGGGGGGCAGCAGGGGGGCAGCGGGGGCCAGCAGGGACAGGGGCAGGGACAGGGCCAAGGGCGGCAGGGAGGCGGCGGCCCCCAGUACGUCGUCCCCGGCGCCGUGCCCGGACAGGACGUCGACUUCGACCCGCACCCCCAGUACAGCUACGCCUACGACGUGCAGGACACACUCACCGGUGACAACAAGGCGCAACAGGAAAGCCGGGACGGCGACAACGUCCAGGGCAGCUACAGCCUGGUGGAGGCCGACGGCUCUCGCCGCACUGUGGAGUACACGGCGGACCCCGUGAACGGCUUCAACGCCGUCGUCCACCGCGAGGGCGCCGUAGAGGGCGGGCGAGCCGCCGUCGCGCAGCCGCAGGGCCCAGGCCUCAAGCUGCACGCCUUCCAGGCGCCCGCCGUCGCCUCGCCGCUCGUGGGCCGCGGGUAG